CGCUGGCAGCAAACAUCCCGAGCCGUCAGCUCACCACUUCCUCUGGCUGCUGCGAAACUUCUCAGGCGGCGGCGCGGGACUGGGACUGGGGCUGGGGCAGGGGCAGCGCGCCGGGGAGCUGCAGUAGCCCUAGAGGUCCCAACUGAGAUCACAGCCCCAUUGUGUUCGGCCCUGUGUACAUUCACAAUGUACUGAGGGAGUCUCCUCUUCUAGAUUUUGGCCCACUGAAUUAAAUCCAGCUCCAGCCAUUUAGGCCUUCACCCUGAAGCAAUAAGUCUCGGGUGCAUGCCUACAGUUAGGCCUGUAAAGGGUGCACCAGAAUCCACAGAUAUACCUUGGGUCUAUGCCAGACAGUUGAUGUGCUGUGAUGCUGUCCACACGCUAUACACCGCUUCCUGCAGCAUAAAGGAUCCAGCCCCACUCUGUCUGCUUGGCUAAGGACUGACUGGAGCUGCUGCUGGGUUCCAUUUGCCUUCCCUCAGGGAGGAACGCCCAGCAAGGGGACUGUACCAGCCACAGGUGGGGAGAACAAGUGCCCAGCCAGCCAACUGCCAUGGAGCAGAUCAGCUCCUUCUUUGACUCACUCUGGAAUCUCAUUCACACCAAGCACCAGGAGGGCAUCUUCAACACUGUCUGCCUGGCCGUGCUGUUGGGGCUGCCCUUCCUUGUCCUCCUUGUCCUCCUCGUCAUCUGCUGUCACUGCUGCUUCUGUAGACAGCAGAGCAAAGGCAGCAUCCACAGCAGCAGCAGCAGCAAUGGGCAGGUCCCAGCAGAGAGGAACAAAAAGAGGAAGAAGAAGGGUGAAGAGGACCUGUGGAUCUCGGCUCAGCCCAAGCUGCUCCUGCUGGACAAGACACCAUCGCUGCCUGUUUAGUCGGAGGGACGGAGCCAAGACCCUCCUCCCAGGGAGCCCUUCUGGCCACAUGCUGCAAGGAGAUGUUGUGAUGGCUCCGUCUCCUUUGAUAAUGACUUUAAAACCAGGACUUUCAGGACAAGCCAGACAACUAGUGAGAGCACAGAGACAUCACUAGAAGGCACGCAGUCCAGCAUAUCUUUACAUGCACACCCAGAACUGGACUAUGCAGCAUGCUCUAGGACACACACAUCCAUAUGCACAAGGACGUGCAUGCACUCACACAUACAAGCAUUCAUGCAGCUAUGAGCACAUGGAUAUUCACCUUCAUGUGCACAACAUACCUGCACUCCCAUGCAAAUGCACCCAAUGUCACGUGCACAAAGCCAAGCAUGCCCAGGGAUGUGCACCCUGAUGGGCACAUGAACAUACAUGUACACAAGAACAUACAUACAUGCGCUUGAAAACUAACCCACCCUGGCACUCCUCUGCACACACAUGGGCUCUUGCUCCUGCGCAGACAUGAGCACAUGGUUAUAGCACAAUCAAAACAAACAAAAGGGUUUUCUUUACACCCUGGCAAGCUAUUGCUUCACAACUCCUGAAGACACAGGUAUCCAGCCCACUGCUGGAGCUUCUCCUGGGGCUUCCUAACCCAGCCCUGCCUUACAGGCCAAAAGACACUCUCCCAAGGCAGCAAAGCAGCCACCCCUACUGCUGGCAGCCCCCCCCCCCCCCGCCCCGAACAGAGGAUGGCAAGAACAGAUCAAAAGUGGCACAGUAAGGGACUGAAACCUUUGCACUGGCACUACAAAGCCCGUCUAAGACUGGCCUUUGUGCAGACUGGUCCUUUGGCAGCUCGUUCUGCUGCAGGGAAGGUGGCUUCAUUUCUAUACUGCAGCGAGAGAGAAGACUUCAGCUGAUUCUGCACAGAAGCUUGGCUCCAGCAUUAGAGUUAUUUAUUUAAUGACUACUAGAAAGGGUUCAUUCAAAGGCCCAUGUAUACUAGUCGGGCCUCGGAACAUUGACUCCAUGUAAUAACUUAGGCCAUGCACCCCCCGGCAUGCUAGACACAUGCAGCCAGAGCCAUACUCCCACAGACACACAGGCAUGCCCAUGUAGCACACCCAGACAGUGGUAACACACAUAUAGGCACACGGGGAGUAGCUCCUGCCAUCCAGCUGUGCCGCUAGUCCAGGGAGCACUGCAAGGGCAGCUGACUCUGGAAUACAGCACAAAGACAUAGAAGGGAGCCUGAAAUCCAGAUACACUUCAUACCUCCUACCCACCAAACCUUCCCUCCCUCCCCAUCCCACCCUAAGAGAUAUUGUCCCAGACAGAACCCUGCCCCACACACACUUCACAGAAGUGUCUUCCCCUGAGAUCUUCCUCUUCUUCUCAAGCAAGGCAGCUCAUCCCAUUCCUGCAGCCAGUCAGCUGGCCACAGCCAUCUAUGCCCCCUGCUCCACUUCUGACCCCACCCACGCCCUCUUUGACUGCAAAGUCUAUUUCCCAGGGGUCCUGCCUAACUACAAUAGUGCAUGAAGGGGGAGGAGUCAUCAUCAAGGUUUAUUUAAGUCGCAUUUACAUGGUUUGCAAAUAAACAGAGUGGGUGGACGCCAUUAUCUUUCCAACAAGCCAGUGCAAGAGACAAAUAUUUUUGCUCUAAAGGCUCUGCUGGGAACAUUCCACUUUAGUUUAUUUUUAGCCUCAAGAGCAGACUGCCCAGACAGUUCAGGGAAGCACACAAACUCAUCUGGACCAGCCCUGGUGGAGCAUGCCAAACGGUACAGCCUCCAGCAUAGCAGACUCCUGUGUGGUGACCUCAUCCGCAGCAGGGUGUCUCACCCACCCUCCACUAGAAGAGCUCUCAGACUCUAGGAUACCCUUCUGCUAGGGUAUGCAGGCAGCAGGGCAAGCUGGCUGGGGCUUACAAAAUCAGCCACUUCUGCUGUGCCCUCAAAGUGCAGCCCAGUUUGUCCAACUUUGUGACAUCACUUCAUGGGGUUUGGCCCUCACUCAACUGUGUUGUUCAGAGCCUCAACCCCAGACUCCUCACCCAUGCCCUUAAGUAGAUGGCAUUCAGCUCCUUCAUUCACUUCAUCUCCAUUAAAAAAAAAAAAAAAACAGAGACCCCCCCCCAAUUUCAAGGCUGAGAGGCAACAAAUAAGAGUCAGAUUUUAGCUUAAACAGCCUUAAGAGAAGCCUGAUCCUAGAUACCAACUCUCCCUGAACAUCUCUGGCUCCCCCACUGCCCCAACUUCUGCUCUGGGAUAUUUGAUUAUAAAAUUACAUCAUUUUGGAAACAGAGAGAGAAAUAAUCUCUCUCUCUCUCUCUCACACACACACACACACCACUAGAGCCAGAGGAAAACAUAACUGGAGGUACAAGCACUUACUGGCUGGCAGAGAGGAAAAUAUAGCUAGUUGUGACAUGGCUAUCUUUGGGCUACAGCUGUUUUGCUCUGCCAUAGUUGAAAGACCCAGAAAGGCAUCCCGGAAAAAUGUUUCCUGUGAAGGCCCUCAACCCUGUCAGGACCAGAAAGUCAAAGGAAAGGGCCAUGUCUGCACAUCAGCACCCUACCACGGGCCCAAACCAUUAAAUCCAAACACACCCAAACUUUGGGGAAGUUCAAAACCCUACCCCAACUUUAUAGCCCAGAGCCAUCUCUUUAAUGGACUGAGCCCAUCAGCCCAGAACUCCAGCUCCUGAUGACUUGGCCCCAUCUCUAUCUACUACAUACCGUCAAAAGAGCAAAGCUUAGGAAGCUGCUUGUAUGAGCGCUAUCCUCUUGGCCAAUACCAGGGAUCGAACCAGUACUUCCAGAACUGAAAGUGAGAGCGUCUGUAGCUUGAGCUGCAGAAUACCCCGUCCUCUAUGGGUCUGUGUGACACAUGCUAACCAGUAGGUUUCAUCUGCACAGCCAACAACAAGGCAGUGUCUGAUGCACGUUCAGUACACCCUGAUAAGGCCCACCUCAGCUCAGGUUCCUACAGCUAGCUCUGCCACUGUGGAGAAUAGCCUCUGCCUUGCAGGCAGUUCUUCAUGUGCAUGCAUCUGGAUUUCAGCGUCGGCCUCUUCUGCACAGUUCAUGCUCAAGAAUUAUUUUUAAAAUAAAAAACUUUUUUUUUUCCCCCCAAACUCCUGAGAGAGGUUUUGUCUCCAGAUCUCAGCCAUUUCUUUCGUUGGGAAAAUCUUUUUGCACCAUGUCACGGGCCUUGGAUGAGACCUUUGUUGACUUCAGUGGAGAGGAAUGCUGAAGGGCACCUCUUUUCAGUCAGUCACAGAUACAUUAUACUUAAAAGGCCAGUUUCCAAUUAGUAAUGUUUAGUGCAUCUCCUUGUUAAUGAGUGCAGGCCAACCUCUCUUGGCAUGAAAAAAAAAAAAAGUGGGAGAAAGAAGAGUUAUGCUUCUGCUCUGUAUGAAUUGGGAUGCACGCAAUAUUUUCCUUCGUGGGGUUCAGUCGAUCUUCGUUCCAGGCUGGUUUAGGUCGCAAGCGAGGAAAGCUUAAUGGCGCUCAUCCAGUCCCUCAUAGCUGUUUCUAUUGUACAUAUCACAAACACACAGAUUGAAAAGCUGGGCCGAAGUGGAGAUGCCAAAAGAGCUCAGCGUGUUGGCCAUAUGUGAGCUAAGCAUUUUUCAAAAUCUGACCUUAUUUACAAGCAACUUAUUUAGGGGUCAUUAGUGGUGGUUUUGGAACAAAUAUAAACAGUAUACAAAUAUAAAUUAAACAGUAAUAAGUCACCAGGAACAGAUAGGAUUCACCCAUGAGUUGUGAGGGAACUCAAAUAUGAAAUUGCAGAACUACUAACUGUGGUACGUAACCUAUUGCUUAAAUCAGCCUCUGUACCAGAUCUGUACUGGAGGAUCAUUAACGUGACAUCAGCUUUUUUUAAAAAGGCUCCAGAGGCAAUUCUGGCAAUUCCAGACCAGUCAGCCUGACUUCAGUACCAGGAAAAUUGGUUGAAACUACAAUAAAGAA